AUGCAGCCGAGGUGCACAAAGUGCGAUUUUUCCACAGUGAAAGAUGGAGAUCUAAUCUAUUUGGCCUGCCCCUUCCACAACUUGAAGACCUUGACGGAGGUUCGAAAGGAGCACGGAUUCAACAUCAAGGAAUUGGAGCCAGCAGUUUCCGGGCAAGAAGCUGCUGCAGCCUACAGCUGGACGGUCGAAAUGUUCCAGUUCGAGCAAGAUGUAGACACCUCGCAGUCUGUCACGCUGAAAGCGCACGAAUGCACGGCUGCUUUUAUCGGAAUCGUCACAGGAGAGGCCAAGAGACACGCGUGUUGCGACUCGGCGAAUUCACCUGGUCGUAGAAAGUUUGAGCAGCUGUACGUUGGGCGAACAAACGACGCCAGCUGCCACCCGGCCAGAAAACGGACACACGCCGAGAGCUUCCUCCAGGAGAUCGACGAUAUGGGGCUUCAGUUGGAGAAUUCAACAGAGGAUAUACUUCCAGAGCUUGACAAGCGACGGAGAUUGCGAAGGGAUGAUGACAAGCCGGCAGAACCUGACAUCCACUGUUCGUACCCCUGCAAACACUGGACCGGCAGAUGGUCUGUUAGAGAGUUCCCGGUGAAGCCAUCAGCUUGGACCUGGUUGCCCUACGACCUCUCGCAGAUGGAUGAGGUUCAAUGGAUUGAGGGUGCACCUGCCGGAAACAUCCCGAGACUGCCAUUCGAAGGAGCAUACAGCAACGUCAAGGGCGAGCCGGGUGGUGUGACCCUGGGCGGUGUCACGCUGCAACUCUUCAAGCCCGAGCCAGCAGAUGACCUUUUUCGAACGACCUCUACUGCCAAACUGGACCGGGCAGGAGGUGAUGCUGGGCUGCAGGCGCUAGUCAAGGAUCCGAUUCAGUCUACCUUCGAGACACAAUACAAGAUUGAGUACAAGGGCUACCGUCGAGCGGCCAAGUGGACAUCCAGAGAGGCCUCUUACAGCCAAUCAGAUACCUGCCUAGUGUCCAGCCCUAUGGCGACGAGCUCUCAGAACAAGCCGCAGGGAGGGGACUUGCGGAUCUGUUUCAAGCGAUCGGCUACCAGCAAGGUCUCGGUUCUGGCAGGAGUUAAGAAAGAUGGGAACAGUUUCUCUCUGAUAGUCUCGGACACGCACUUGAGGGCAAAGACAGGGAUGCGGUCCAACAAGCAAGGAUACCGCCUGCGCCAGGACCAGAUCCUAUCUUUGGCCGAGUUGGUUAAUGAGGAGAAGAAAUUUAAUGAGAAUUGGCUAUAUUUUGGAAGAAUUGUUGGUCCUUUGAUUCUCUGGGCUGCUUUUUAUUGUUUCCUUUCUCCGCUGAUAUGGGUGGUUGACCAGUUCGGAGACACACUCAAAGGCAUCCCCUGCAUCGGAGGGCUGCUGGGUUUCCUUGCAGACUUCGUGGAAACGCUGGUUACCUGCCUGGUGUGCAUGGUCAGCUGUUCUCUGGGCGUUGCCUGCGGACUGUUGGGCAUGGCAAUGGCCUGGCUCUUUUUCAGGCCAGAACGCGGAAUCGUGCUUCUGUCCAUCUCCUUGUGCCUGUUUGCGGCUGUCUUCGCUUUCAGCAACAACCAGAAGGGUCAGAAAUCAGUACGACGGAGGAGCGCGAGACAACCUGGCAUCGGCAUGCAGUCAGUGGAGAUGAAUGCUACUCCCGUACAGCCUGCGGCUUUUGCCCAAGCAGCUGUGAUGCCAACUGCAGUGGUCCAGCCGGCAGUAGUCACUCCAGCCGCUUUUCAAGUGCAGUGUCCCGCUGGCGUAGGCCCAGGUACGUCUGUUAUGGUGACUACCCCAGAUGGACGACAAGUCACGGUGCAGAUCCCUGCCGGAGUUGAGUAUGAGUACCUGAAGGAGGCCCGGCUCUACGCUCCAUGGCGCAGCAGCGUGCUCGAAGCACGAAAGGAUGGAUGCGAGCUCAGGCGUGCAGCCUUUCGCUUCGCUAGAUCAGACCCGCUGCUCUCGGAGGUUCGACGGAAAUGCUUCGAGCUGGAAAACAAGCAGUGGAAUUUGGCAGAGCUGGCUUCCGACAGGGAUUGCGAGGAAGGGACCGAGAGGCAGCUUCCGGAAUUCAACGUCGGAAUCUUUGUCAAAAAGGAGUUCCAAACAGCUGCGGAGUGGUUUCACGAGAAGGACAAGAAACAGCUGGAUGAAGCUUUUCCGCCAGUUGGUCCAAACUGGGUGAAGACGCAGAUGGGAACACCCAUCCCGCAGCUGCCUGGCGUUUGGUACAUGCACGAGCGCCAGAACCAGGAGGGCAAGCACCAGCCUUGGCUCUUUUUCAACGCAUCCCUCGGCCGGUAUUUUCGACAGCGAGGAGGCGAAGGUGGCAAGUGGGUCCAAACAGGAACACCGCACCAUCCGGAGACUCAGCCAGUGCACAUCUCGAAUGGUUCGGCGUGCUUGCCAGCAGCAGGUGGUCGAAAAGACACCAUGGCAGUGCUGCUGCCCGAGCUCCAUCGAACUUGCCAUCUUCUCAAGCAGCCUCUGCUUUUCAUGGACCGGCCUGCGGCAAUGUUCCUACUGGUUGAUGGUCUUCGUGACUCUAGCGCUGCAGCAUUAUUCUGCGCGCAAAGAUUCCACACCUUCUUUCUGCCUCGGUUUAGCGCUCGUCAGGACGAGCCGGAAGAUUUCGAGUUGAUCGACAUGGUCCACCAGGCCAUUGAAGACUUGGACAAGUCCCUCUUAGAGAGCAAUGCGCGAUAUUCAGGCUGUGGCCUGGCAUUGCUCUUAGUCCUGGGGCAGCGGGUGCUGGUAGCCAAUGUUGGAGGUUGUCGCGCAGUGAUGUGCACACCGCCAAAGGGAGGCGAUUCUCAGCCGCCGCAACCAGAAGUUUGGAAUGCUCGCUUGCUUGUCGGUGGUAGGGGGCUCAGGGCGUCACUUCGCGGUUUUUCGAGCCUUCGCGUUGCGCAACGCGCCUUUCGGCAUCUCCCGAGGUGGUCGCUCUGGUGGCCGAGCACUGGCCGAUGUAGAGAAAUUGGGGCGGCAUCGGCGACUCAAGGCUUCCGACUCGUUCUGGGGAUCGGAGCGUAG